GACCUCCUCCCGGCCCCGCCCCCCAGCCUGGCCUCACCUUCUCCCGGCGCGGGACGAUGAGGCUUCGCGGGCUUCGUGUACCUGGACAGCUGCGGUUACCGGGUUACGAGUAGGGCCGGACGAGCCGUCGCAGUUAAAAAUGGCAGAAACAACCACUUCUCCACUGAAGCACUUUGUGUUGGCCAAAAGGAGAAUUACCGCCAUCUUUGACCAGUUAUUGGACUAUGUCACCGAGGGCACAAGUUUUGUUGAAGCAACAUUUAAGAAUCCAGAACUUGACCGGAUAGCCACUGAGGAUGAUCUGGCAGAAAUACAGGGGUAUAAAAAUAAACUCUCAGUCAUUGGGGAGGUGCUAUCCCGGAGACAUAUGAAAGUGGCAUUUUUUGGCAGGACAAGCAGUGGCAAGAGUUCUGUCAUCAAUGCGAUGUUAUGGGACAGAGUUCUUCCCAGUGGCAUUGGCCACACAACAAACUGCUUCCUGAGCGUGGAAGGAACAGAUGGAGAUAAAGGUUAUCUGAUGACGGAAGGAUCAGAUGAGAAGAAAAGUGUCAAGACUGUUAACCAGCUGGCCCAUGCUCUUCAUAUGGACAAAGAUUUGAAAGCUGGCUGUCUUGUACAUGUAUUUUGGCCUAAGGCAAAGUGUGCAUUAUUGAGAGAUGACCUGGUUUUAGUAGACAGUCCAGGCACAGAUGUUACUACAGAGCUGGAUAGCUGGAUUGAUAAAUUUUGUUUAGAUGCUGAUGUCUUUGUUUUGGUAGCAAAUUCAGAAUCAACACUAAUGAACACGGAAAAACACUUUUUUCACAAGGUAAAUGAGCGACUUUCCAAACCUAAUAUCUUUAUCCUGAAUAACCGAUGGGAUGCCUCUGCCUCAGAACCUGAAUAUAUGGAAGAUGUUCGUAGGCAGCACAUGGAACGAUGCCUGAAUUUCUUGGUGGAGGAGCUCAAAGUGGUGGAUCCCUGUGAAGCACAGAAUCGCAUAUUCUUUGUUUCAGCAAAGGAAGUUCUCAGUGCCAGAAAGCAAAAGGCACAAGGGAUGCCUGAGAGUGGUGGAGCACUUGCUGAAGGAUUUCAGACAAGAUUCCAGGAGUUUCAGAACUUUGAACAAAUCUUUGAGGAGUGUAUCUCGCAGUCAGCAGUGAAAACAAAGUUUGAACAGCACACUAUCAGAGCUAAACAGAUAAUAGAUACUGUGAAAAACAUAAUGGAUUCAAUAAACGUGGCAGCUGCCGAGAAAAGGAUUUAUUCACUGGAGGAGAGGGAGGACCAGACUGACAGAUUGGACUUCAUUAGAAACCAGAUGAACCUUUUAACCCAAGAUGUUAAGAAAAAAAUCAAAGAGGUUACGGCUGAGGUAGAGAGCAAGGUUUCCUGUGCCAUGACAGAUGAAAUUUGUCGCCUUUCUGUUUUGGUUGAUGAGUUUUGUUCUGACUUCCAUCCUUCUCCAAGUGUGCUCAGAAUGUAUAAAACUGAACUAAACAAGCACAUAGAAGAUGGUAUGGGAAGAAAUUUAGCAGAUCGCUGUUCCACAGAAGUCAAUGCCUCAAUGUACCAAUCACAACAGGAAAUGAUCGAAAAUUUGAAGCCAUUGCUUCCUGCUGGUAUACAGAAUAAGCUUCAUCUAUUAAUCCCUUGUAAGAAAUUUGAUCUCAGCUAUGACUUGAAUUGUCACAAGUUGUGUUCUGACUUCCAAGAAGACAUUGUAUUUCGGUUUUCCUUGGGAUGGUCAUCCCUAGUUAGUCGUUUCUUGGGCCCUACAAAUGCCCAGAGGGUCCUCUUAGGAUUAUCAGAGCCCAUUUUACAGGUUCCUCGAUCUAUAGCUUCUACUCCCUCUGCUCCUCCUAAUCCUGCCACACCAGAUGCUGUGUCUCAGGAAGAACUGAUGGUUACCCUAGUGACAGGGUUAGCUUCUUUAACGUCAAGGACUUCCAUGGGCAUCAUUGUUGUUGGGGGAGUGGUCUGGAAAACAAUCGGCUGGAAGCUCAUCACCGUGUCCCUCAGCAUGUACGGAGCGUUGUAUCUCUAUGAACGGCUGACGUGGACCACGCGAGCCAAGGAGAAAGCCUUCAAGCAGCAGUUUGUCAACUAUGCCACGGAAAAACUGCAGAUGAUCGUGAGCUUCACGAGUGCCAACUGCAGCCACCAAGUGCAGCAGGAAAUGGCCACAACUUUUGCUCGGCUGUGUCAGCAAGUCGAUAUUACCCAAAAACAGCUGGAAGAAGAAAUUUCUAGGCUGUCCAAAGAAAUAGACCAGUUGGAGAAAAUACAAAGCCAUUCAAAACUUUUAAGAAAUAAAGCGAUCCGACUUGAAAAUGAGCUGGAGAGUUUUACAAGGCAGUUUCUCCAUCCGGGCAAAUAGAAGAAUCUCAGCAGACGGCUCUGGUGGCACCGGAGGGAAAGCAGGACUUCUGGGAAUGAUAUGGACUAUGCCUGUCGAAUAUUGCAAAUCAGGGUAUAGAUUGUGGCAGUGAACAUUCUCGAGGUGUUUGCGUUUCAUUAACAGUGGUUAUGUGGUAUGUCUGUAUCCUUACGUGUGAGGGGGAUAAAGAACCAAAUUUCUUGCUGAUUUAAAAUAAUGAAUGAAUUUGUGAAAGGAAGUACCACUAAUUGUGAUACCCAUGGCUGGGGAAUGGGGUCUUAAGCUCUUUAAUAGGGCUGUUUGAUUCUGAAAACCCUGCUUCCUGGCAUCCAGGAAUUACGAAAGGCCAUUUCAGUCCUAUCUUUUCCAGGAUAAUUUCCAAUAGCUUCUUUUAUUGAGAAUAACCAAUCUUUAAAAAAUUACUUCUAUUUCUCUAACAGCCCAGAAGAGGAAGAUUUCUUAAAGUGUGUAUUAUUAAUGCAAGUAACAUUCAUUUUUGUCACCGGGCAGGUAAGCAGAGAACAACCUAUUGAUAGGUUUCUCACUGUUGCCCAUUAUGACUGCCUAACACAUCACAGGCCUUGUCAUCGAAUUGUUGUUCACUUAAAGUGGGAUUUGUGGGUGAUGGAGUGAUCUCCGGCCUCUGCUGGGCUAAGGAACAAACGGCAUCUGUGAACCUCGUGAAAGGAAGCUGGAAGGGUGCGAUGCACAGGAAGACAGCCUGGCCACCUAGAAGAGUCAUGAUGUGGAGGAAGAGGAGCGUUUAUCAGGACGGAUGGCCCUGGGCUCCACGAGGAGCGCCGGCCACCUGGGCUUCAGGGUGAACUCGCCAGCUUGAACAGCAUUUCGUCUCACCAGUGUGCUUGACUAGACACAGAAGUGUCAUUCAGUUUGCUUGUAUCUCCAAAGUGGGUUGAGAGUUAGUGUAGGAAUGAUUUUGUGACUGGCUAGCCAGUUCUGGCCAGCUUUGACAUUUUACUGGGGAAAGAACAACUUCAGAUGCCCUUAUUUUAGGUACCAGAGCUGAGCUCUUUCCCUGGGCCGUGGCUGCCUGAGCAGUUUUCUGUUGAGAACAUUUUACUGUAUAUAGGGAUUUGGGGGAUUAUUCAUUCAGUGCUUCCCUUUUUGUGCCUUUAAGGCUUCUGAAUGCUAUUUAUUAUUCAACCUUCUACAGGCAGGGGUGCCUAUAUUUUUAAAGAAUAAAUAGCAUUGUUUUUGGCCAUUAAAAGCCUUUCAAAUUAUUUAUAUAUUUUUAUGCAAAUUAAAUGUUUAACAGGAUAAAACCAUCAGGUCUGGAACUGAAUGAAAAGUUAACAAGUUGUAUGGAUUGGCAGUCCCAAAUAACUUGUCUCACAGGGCCCAACUGAGGAAUGGGAGAAGUGGAAACACUGGGUGGUCUUUGACUGAAUUAACACACUACCCUUUGGUCCAAAUUGGCGUUGGCCCUCAGUAGGAGACAGUUCUGUAUGCAUGUGAACAGCACAGGGGCUUUGGUUGCAUCAAUCUGAUUAAUGUAGCAAUUAUAAACAUUUUCUUCAGUUCUCUGAAAUAAAUAAUUGCCACCUGAUUGGACAUCUGCUGUGUGCAUGUUGGAAAUAAAACAAGAUGGCUGAAGACAAAACACAAUCAACCCCCCAAUCCUGAAGCCACCCCAAGCCCUUUCUUGUUUAAUAAGUCGGGGAAUGACAAAGCCUACGACUUGCACAGAAAUUAUGUCAUUUUAGCACUAACGGGGUUCAGAUUUUUGCAAGAUACUCGAUGUCUAUUUUCUAUGUAUGUUUGCAAGAUCAUUUAUAAACUUUGUAUAAUUCUCAACUUUUUACAAACAUUAUAGUUAAUUUUAUAGCUGUUCAAACUUGCGAGGGACAAAAUAAAAACUAUACCCAUCA